AUGGGUUUCCAAGACAAGCGCGUUGUUGUCGUCGGCGGUGGUCUCGGCGGCAUGGCUUUCAUGAACGCCGCCCAGUACGCUGGCGUGAAGAACAUUCAGUGCUACGAACAAGCCCAUCAAUUCGGUGAAGUCGGCGCCGGAGUCGACAUUUCCGCCAACGCAAACCGUAUCCUCGAUGCAUUUGGCCUAAAGGAGUCUCUUCUGAGCCGCUCUUCGCCCCAGCUACCCUACUACAUGCAAUACCACAAUUACAAGUCUGGCGAGUACCUCGGCCAUAUCGAAGAAUUCUCCGAGCCGCAUGCCCGUCUGAUUCACCGAGCUCACCUCCUCGACUCUCUCAAAGAGCCUGUCCCGAAAGAGCUUCUCCACCUGCAGAAGCGUCUCGCACGCCUCGACCGCAAUACCAGCCCCGACGCCGCGCCAUACACCCUCCACUUCGAGGACGGCACCACCACCGAUGCUGACAUUGUGAUCGGCUGCGAUGGCAUCAAGUCUCGAGUCCGUCGCGAACUCGGCUUCGGAGACUCGCCCAAUUACUCCGGCCAGGUCGUUUACCGUGGUUUCGUCGAGUACAAGGAUCUACCCGAAGAGACCGCCAAGUUGCUGCACAAUGUUGUCAACUUCCGUGGCCCGAAGCGGCACAUCCUCUGUCUCCCUAUCGGUAACCCGGCUACUAAGACAGACCGUAUUGGUGUUAUUGGAUUUAUGUCUGAGCCCAUUGAGUCCUGGGAUUCGGAGAAUUGGAUGGCCCGUUCGGACAUCAGCUCCCUGCACGAACAUGUUAAGGACUGGUGUCCACAGGUCCAGGAUAUCAUUGAGGGUCUCCAGGCUGGAUCGCCUGAUGGCCGUAUGCUCAAGCAGGCGCUGUACGUGCGCGAGCCGAUUGAGAAGUGGUACGAGAUGAAAGAGGGCCAGAAAGACGCGGGUAUUGUUCUUCUGGGUGAUGCUGUGCACUCGACACUUCCGCACCAGGGCCAGGGUGUCUGUAUGGCGAUUGAGUCUGGCAUCGCUCUAGCGACUAUUCUCACUCACUGGAAGAAUGACGACUUGCAUGCUGCAUUCCAGUUUUAUCAGGACUUGCGCAAGCCUCGCACGGAUCGAGUUACGAAGACUAGCUUUGAGGCUGGAAAACUUGCUAGCUCGGAUGACCCUGAUCAUUUGAGUGAGACCUUCAAUCCCCAGGCUUUGAUGGAGCGUAUGAAGUGGAUUAUGGAGUAUAAUGUGCUUGAUGACUUGAAGGCCAAGGGUGCUGAGUAUAUGGACUUUACUGAGUCGCAGAUCUGA